UUAAGUAUGUUUCGUGAUUAAGUCUGUCAGACCAAUUCUAGAAAAUGUUAUGCUUUUACAUAAUUGCAUUCUGAUUUCCUUGUCCAUUGGAACGAUAAAAAUAAUUACAAGUGCUUCACCAUUAUUUCAUUGCUUUAUUUACGUUAUUGAUGAGAAUGGGUAACAUUUUACAAACGCAAUGGAUUGAAUAUAUAUAUUUUAUAGUUUUAGCAGUGACAUUAACGCUUGCUAUGACAUGCCACACGCCUUUAAAUUGCUGUCUACGCCACCAUAUUGACGGAAAAUCAAGUCGUUGUAUAGAAUGUAUACCAGGAUAUUUUGGACCCUACUGUAACUAUACAUGCCGCUAUCCAACCUACGGCAGGGGGUGUCAGUUACAAUGUUUGUGUGAUGUGUCAGACUGUAACUAUGUUCAAGGUUGUAGAAGAAAGGAUUGUCCUUCUGGAUAUUAUGGUCCUUUUUGUAGUGAGAAAUGUCGCUACCCAAACUAUGGCAUCAAAUGUCAGUCUGAAUGUUUGUGUGAAGAACAGCACUGUAAUCACAUCACGGGAUGCUUAACACAAAUUUCUUCUGAAGAGAUACCGAAUGCAUUGCCGACAGAGUUCAAGCGUCAAGAUAGAUUAAUGUUAUCAAACCCAACAACAACAACACUGAGAAAAGAAUUCACGAGAAAAGGAGGCGAUUGGUAUCUACCAUAUCAAGAGGACAAAUCAUGGCGUGUAAACAAGGUGUUCGUCUAUUGCAUAAUAGGACUAAUGUUUAUAGCGGUGUUAUUGUUGUGUCUUCAUGUUUUAUUAUAUUUUGUUAAUUGAAUUAUAUUCAUAAUAGCCACAUUUACCAAGUCAAUUUAAAUAACAUCCUCUUCCGACUGAUUUACAGAUAUUUUUUUAUGAAACAUGGAUAAAUAACAUAUGUUAAAACACGUUUAAAACUUCGUUAGGUAAUGUGUAAGCUUUUGUUAAGUGAGGAAUAGUGUUAAAAAAUGCUAUAUUGUGCUGAGCUUGUUUCUGCAUUGUUUAUAUAUAAAAAGAAAACCAUAUUUGCUCCUGUAUAAUAGGUGUUGUUUUCCAACUGAUAAUGGAAAUACGCAUAACGUAUACAUUAUAUAUUAGGGUUUUUUCAGUUUGAAAUAGAAUAUUUUAACAAAAUACCACACAGAAAGAACUAAGUCAUAUUCAUUCCUUGAAUGACCUUUUUUCAAUAAUAAUCCAAUAUUUAGGUAGGUUUAAGACUAUAAAACUUUUUAGCUUGCAUUUUCCCUUACAUGUUGAUGGAUAAGCAUGUUUCUAAGAUUUCUCUUAGAAUGAUACUCAAAAUUUUACUGUACACACCUUCAAUAUACAAAAGUAAGCUGCUUAAAGUAAAGCUGUUUUGAAUCAUAUUGAAAUCGAUAAACGUUUAAAAAAAAGACCGUCAUUGAUUAUUAAAAAACAAAACAGAAAAACAAUUGUAUGCCCGUAUACACUUCCAAUAACUCUUUCAACAUCACCCGUGAUUUAUUUACCUAUUCAAAGGCUAUGAGGACGAUGACAAGUUUAUUUUCCCCCGAAACGGCAACUAUUUUACGAGGCCAAAGAAAAGUGUUGCUGUCUCGGGUGACAAUAAACUUGCUAUUUUCCUCAUAGCCAGUAAAUAUAUAGGUAUUUUAUCAUACCGAAGAAAACUGUGUUUUUAUGCAAUUCAGGUUAACAAAUAAGAAUUAUUGGACUUUGAAUUUAACUUAGCGGCUUUGAAUACACCAGAGGUGUUCCGAUGUUAGAUACGAGGGGAAUCGAAUGCUUACAUGUUAAACCUUUAAUUUACUGUACAAACUUUUAACAAUUUGCAAUUAGCUGCUAUAAGGAUUGUUGUGUAAUAUAUAAUUAUUUUUCAGUUUCUUUGGUAAACUGUGUGUGUGUUUAAAGUUACUUUUGAUGUAGAUAUUUAUGUUUCAAUACUACUUGUCAUUUUUCAAUAAAUGCCAAUAUUCUC